AUGGCUCAUCAAACAGGCACAAUUGUGCUGACAGGUGCCAAUGGAGGUCUCGGCAGCGCCAUGGUCUCUCGAAUCGUGACUGAUGAAAAUCUGAGCGCCUCUCAUGGCAUUUACACCGUGCGCGAUACCCGAUCACCAGGUGCACUUCAAGCUGCUCUGAACAAAGCAUCAUCGUCAUCGUCAUCGACCUCGGUACACUCGCAUGAAGAAAUAUCGCUCGAUCUGUCGCGGUUGGACAAUGUGCGGAAAGUCGCUGCCGUCAUUAAUGCGCAAGUCGAGGCGGGGACUAUUCCACCUAUUCGCGCCAUCAUUCUCAAUGCUGGGUUCGAAGAAGCCGAUCAACAGACAUGGAAUGAGGACGGCCUAGACAUGUCGUUUGUCGUAAAUUAUCUUGGUCAUUGGCUCUUGACAGUAUUGCUGCUGCAAAGCAUGGACCGCGAGAGAGGGCGGAUUGUCUGGAUCAGUAGCUGGUCUCAAGACCCCAAAAAUUCGCAUAAUCAAAGGUACGGCGCAUAUAAAGAGGAAAGAUACAAGAAUAUGGUUCUUGAUGAUCUUGAACCGCUUGCAAAAGGUACAUGGAGUUCAAAGGCAGACGAUAAGACCAACUGGGCCGCCGCAUAUCGUCGUUAUGGUGCCUCCAAGAUGUGUUGCGUGGCAAUGAUUCAUGAGCUUCAGAAACGACUUGACCAAGAUCCAGUCUUGAAGAACAUAUCGGUCCUCGCCAUAGAUCCUGGCGGCAUGGAUACGGGCAUCAUUCGUCACAGUCCUUGGUUGGUCCGGGUUUUAUUCUUCAAGAUCUUUGUCGGUCUUUUUUCCGGUCUCAUGGUCCGGCGGAAACCCAACGGCACAUGGCGCACGCCCAAAAAGUCGGCUCGCGACGUUCUCGCCGCGGCUCUUGCCAGUGGCCCGCCGCCACUGUCUGAACGGCCCAAAGGCGUCUAUCUUAAUGGUACUGUGCUCGGUGAAUACAAUCUUGAAGCGAAAGAUCCGAAGAAGGGACAAAUUAUCUGGGAAGGCAGUGUUCGAUUUGCGCAGUUGCGAGAAGUAGAGACUGCCUUACAGAACUGGCGGUGA